CCAGUGCUGAUGGCGCACUCUGAUCUGUUUGUGACGAGAGCGCCCCCUGUGGAGGGGAGUGCUGUGGAGCUCAGUGUUCUGGGCCUCCUGGACUCCUUUGGGGAAGAAAACAGCACAGCAGAGAGAUGCUACCACUCCCACUCCCGCAGCAGCGUCCUCCAGGGCCUGCCAUUUGGAGGGGUGCCCACGGUCCUCGCCAUCAAUGUGGUGCUCUGGAUGUUCCUGUUGCUCAUUUUCUCCUGUCUGAGGAAGGCUGCAUGGGACUACGGCCGCCUUGCUCUGCUGAUGGAGAAUGACAGUCUCACAUCCCUAUUUUAUGGAGAACCAAGUGAGAAAGAGAAGUCUCCUUCAGAGUCCAGCCCCUCUGACUCUGAGACGAAGGAUAUGGGCUUCUGCUCGUGGCUCUCAUCUCUUUACCAUAUGAAGGACGAGGAGAUCCGUAGCAAAUGUGGCAUUGAUGCCGUCACAUACCUGUCCUUCCAGCGCCACAUCAUCCUGCUCAUGACAGUGGUUUGCUUGCUGUCUUUGGCCGUAAUCCUGCCGGUCAACUUUUCCGGAAACCUCCUGGGAGACAGUCCUGAAAACUUUGGGAGAACAACACUGGCUAAUGUUAGUCCAAAGGACAGCUUUCUGUGGCUCCACAGCAUCUUUGCUCUGGUUUACUUCAUCAUCACGUUGCUGUGCAUGGCUCACCACUUGAUACGGCUGGAGUACAGAGAAGAUGAGAAGGUAGCCAGGACACUGAUGAUUACCUCCAUACCCAGAGAGAUCUCUGAUCCAGGACUCAUCACCAAACAUUUCCAUGAGGCCUACCCCAGCUGUACUGUCACUGACAUCCGUUUCUGCUUUGAUGUCCACAAGCUGAUGAAGCUGGACUUGGAGAGGCGCAAAGCGAUGAAAGGCAGGCUGUAUUUUGCCACAAAAGCCCAGAAGGAGGGGAAGAUCAUGAUCAAGACCCAUCCGUGCGCUCAGAUAUUCUGCUGUGACUUCUGUGGCUUUGAAAAGGUGGAUGCAGAACAAUACUAUAGUGAGUUAGAGGAAAAGCGGACAGAUGAGUUCAACGCUGAGAAGAAUCGCAUCUCCAUGAAGAGGCUAGGCAUCGCCUUUGUGACUUUUCGGGAUGAGAGGAUGACUGCUGUGAUUGUGAAGGACUACAGUCCUGUGCGAUGCCGUCGCAGACCCCAGCAGUCCAGCAUCACCACGGUGGUGCAGUCUCACAAAUGGGGUGUCAGCUAUGCACCUGCUCCCAGUGACAUCAUCUGGGAAAACCUGUCAGUGUGUGGAUCUCGCUGGUGGCUUCGCUGUGUCCUCCUCAACAUCCUCCUCUUCCUGCUACUGUUCUUCCUCACCACUCCCGCCAUCAUCGUCAACACCAUGGACAAGUUCAACGUCACCAAGCCCGUGGAGAGUCUGCGGAGCCCUGUCAUUACCCAGUUCUUCCCCACCCUCCUUCUGUGGGCGUUUUCUGUGCUCCUGCCCUUCAUCGUCUACUACUCAGCCUUCUUUGAGUCCCACUGGACCAGAUCUGGUGAGAACCAAGUAACGAUGCACAAGUGCUUUUUACUGCUGGUUUUCAUGGUCAUCAUCCUGCCCUCACUUGGUCUGUCCAGUCUGGACCUGUUCUUCACCUGGCUCUUUGAUGUCAACUUCCUGGAGGAGAAGGAUAUCAAAUUCCAGUGUGUGUUUCUUCCCGACAACGGUGCAUUCUUCGUAAACUACGUGAUUACGUCCAGCCUGAUUGGCACAUCUAUGGAGCUGCUUCGUAUCCCGGCGCUGACGGUGUACGCCCUCCGCCUGUGCUUUGCAAAGUCCCAGGCUGAGCGGAUUCAUGUCAAACGGAGUCAGGCCUACGAGUUCCAGUUUGGCCUGGAGUACGCCUGGACCAUGUGUAUCUUUGCAGUCAGUAUGACCUACAGCAUCACAUGUCCCAUCAUUACGCCCUUUGGUCUGCUCUAUGUGCUCCUGAAGCACAUGGUUGACCGAUACAACAUCUACUAUGCAUACGUUCCCACAAAACUCAACCAGCGGAUCCACAGGGCAGCCAUCAGCCAGGUCAUCGUGGCUCCCCUUCUCUGCAUGUUCUGGCUGCUGUUCUUCUCUGUGCUAAAAUUAGGUCUGGUGCAUCCCAUCACCCUCUUCACCUUAGUGUCCCUGCUCUCCUGCAUUGCCUUUUCCCUCUUCCGCUUGUGCCUUAGGAAGCAACCUGACAAGUCAACGAGCUACCAGAUGUCUGAUCAGCCAGCAGAGGGGACAUUCACUGAUGCAGACAGGAGUACUGUUACAUCCACCACUGCCUCCAAUCUGUUUGUGGCGUCCGUGCUGCUGGAGCCAGAGCUGGCUUUGACUCCGAUGCCCUCCCCGGCCCACCAUGGCUACGGCGCCAUGGCCAGCUCCCAGGGAUCAAGCCACAACCCGGCGGAGGAAGAGGAGGGUGAGGAAGACCAUGCGCAGACCCAUGAGACUGAGCUCCAAGACCCUCCAGACCCUUACUGCUCCAGCCCGCUUAUGGACAGCCCUGUGGGCUUCCAGUAACACCAAAUCCCUCAAGCUGAUUUCCACGUGUCCUUCACCUGGGGCAACACAGAUGCUAAAUGCCGCAAUGCUGCGUUUUUGCCACUGACCUCAGACUCCAACUUAGCUGCCUCAGAUUAGACUGGGCUUGUUAGAAAAGAUGAAAACCCGGAAGAGGAAAGGAGCUUGAGAAAACAGGAGCAGGAUCCAUAUAAGCAUCACCCUAAAUGUAUAGACAGCAGUUUGCCAGAACAUCUCCUGAAUAUAUCUAAAGGACACGAACCACACAUUGCUCUUGAUAGAACAACUUAAAUGUACAAGUUAUUUUAGUUGAACUAUCAGAUGCUCCAUCACAGGGAUUCCAUCUUCUAAUGUGGCUUCAUUUGCAAGUUAAAAAGGUUAAAAAUAAUGAAAGUGACAGGGGUGGAAUUGCCUUUGGGUAUCUAUCAGAGAUGCUCUGUCCAUGCGGUGCCACUUGGACAUGAGUGGAGGUGAAAGUUCCCAUCAGAGUGGGUGGUGUGAGCAGGCUUGCCCCGGCAGACUGACAGAGUGGUCUGGGCACGGGUGAUAUCUGGUUCCUCGGCAGCAGAGCUCGGGGAGGCUGAGGGUGAGGGCAGCUAGUUGUGAAGCCAUCUGCAGCGAGAGAGCAGACAGACGGAGGGCCGAAUGUAACUCAGAGAUGUACUGUAAUAAAUGUACACUCUCUCCACGGAGGCACAAGCAGCUUGACUGUACCUGAAGCUUGUUGUAACUACUAUCAAUUUAAGGUUGCUAUUUUUGCUACAGUAUUUUUGGUGUUAUUGAUAUUGUGCUUUGGGUUGGGAGCUGGGGCCACUGGAGAUUGGUCAAGGAUUUGCAGAGCUGUCCCAUCUUAAUCAGAGUAUUGCCUAAUUAUGCUGUUUUGACUGUGUAUGUGAUACAAUUGUAUUUUUAUUUAUUUAUUUAUUUUAAAUGAAUAGUGAAACAUGUUGGGAAAUACACUAAGUUGGUUUCUUGCUGAAAGUUCAAUGAGAAAAUCAAUACCACUACAGUUGUACAAUAAAUACAAUCAGCACUAUCACCAGCCAGUUAGCUUAGCUUAGCUUAAAGGCUGGAAACGGGGGAAACAGUUAGCCUAGAGCUAGAGACAAGAUCUUGGCUGGGCAUUGUAACAUCGUGGGUUCUUGUUGUCACCAGCAGAGACUCCAGGAAAUUAGUGCGUCUGUCGUUAAGCUAAAUUAAACAAAGCCAAGUUAAGCUAACUGGCUGUUAGCUUCGUAUUUAACAUAAGUAUAAGAGUUGUGUCAAUCCGAACUAGAGAUUCAAAAAUUAGAAGCACACCCUGGAUUUACAACAUUUUAAAUUAUGUGAAAAUUUUUAAAGUAAGAACACCAUAUGUUACUGCUAAAGCCAUUAGGCUAUAUUUAGCUAUUUCUGUUGUAAAAAUACUGAAAACAAAUGUGUUCUGUUACUAUAAUGGCUCCAAGUCAUUUAUUCACUUUCAUUUGUUUAGUGUUCAAAUAUUUCUGUGCUAAAAUGUCCUAAAUGCAAAUAGUAAAAUUCAAACAUUACUCUACAGUCCCAUGAUUUCAGUUGCAUUAAUCUAUUCAGUGACACUCCACAGCAUGUUAACUAUGUUGUAUAAAAGAGGUAUGCAUUUAUUUCCUUAAGGUCAAGUUAAACACGUGCUAAUCUCAUUGAUUUACAGUCGGGCUGGAUGUUUGCAAGUUUUGUAUGUUUGGGGUUAUUUUUAUCUCUUUAUGCUGGGAUGAAAGUUUUUUCUCAUGAAACUGAAUGUAAACCAGAUUGUAGUUUGUUUUUCAUGUCUCUUGCUGUGCCUUGAAGAAAAAUUCCCUUUUGUGUGACAAUCCAGCAUGGCCUGAAAUAUGCUGCAUGGACUGAAAACUAAAGAGCGGGGAAACAACCAAGACAUGAAAACACAACAACAAACACAAAAAGUCAACAACUCAGAGUAGUGAUUUUCAUUCUCCCAAAUAGUCAACAGAUAGUUCAUUUUAUUAGUCAGCAGACAAGUAGUGAAUUCAUUCCACUAAGAUGUCAACAAGUUGUCUUCACACAAGAUCCACUUUUGAUCAUAGCAGAUUAGUUUGCUUAGUUGUAAUGGAAAUCUAGAUGUUCCAACUUCCCACUAUUUCGUGCACUGUCAAGACUUUUGUCCAAUGUUGGUGUAAAUGUUGAGCUUGACUGUUCAUUCUUAACCUCUCUGGAGCUUUCCCAAGAAUGAACCAUAAAUUUCAAGUUUUACACCAACAUCUAUGAGAAGUCAUAAAGGGCCUCAUUAUAGUUAACAUCUACAGUUCUAUGACAACUUAUUUGCUGAUGAAGAUUGCAUGACACUGUCAAAAGCUCUGGAACAAGCAAGCAAGUAGAUCAGGGGCAGAGAUUGUUUUGUCAACUGCUGUUUCCAAGGUAAAGAAUGAACUGUCAAGCUCAACACUAAGCUAACUUACAGUGUCUUUACGUCAUAGCGGUUGUGUCGCUUAAGAUGUUUUUUGUAUUGUGGUCUUGUUGGUGCCUUGUGUUGAUUUCAGUCAGUGUCCUUUCAGUUUUCAGCUCCUGUUUUCUUUGAACAUAUAGAUCAUUGUACAACUUACAGGCAAGCUCUUGUCGAGGAUAAAAAAAAAACAUAAAAGUUGUUUAUCGAGUGUUAUUCCCUUGUCUGUGUCUUGGGGUGUUUUCAACACUUUUGACUAACAGUGAUAGCCCUGUUGUUAAACAGUUCACAUCAGUCUUCUCUCAGAACAGCUGAAACACUUCUUGUUGGUCAGUAUAGUGGAUUUAAGUCCAUUUCGUGCUUUGUCUGCAAGGGUUUAUUAUAACUUUAAUCAUAUAAAAUCAUGUGCCUGUGAUGUGAAGUUUUUAAACUUUUUUUCAAUUGUACUUUCAUAAAAUUAAUUAUAUAUUAUUUCAUAAAAUGAAAUGUAUUUGCUCCAUUUUACAAGGAAUCUAAUUCUAGUUCCUCAUGCUGUAUAAAACAGAUGAAAGCUGGCAGCAGAGAGGGUAUGAAGUGGUCAGUGCAGAGAAUCAUGAAGUAAAAUCUAUUUGGGAAAAAAAAACAUCAAAGGGCAUCUCCAGUGGGUUUCUCUUCCAGAAGCUUGUUUCACAGAUCAUUAAACGUACUUUCCUUUGAAAAAUACAAAAUAAAACUUAUUAGGGUAUUCUUAGCUCUAAUGGCUGUACAAGAAGGGA